GCGCAGUCACACGCCAGUCGCGGGUUAGCAGGUCGGCUAGCUUAACAAGCGUCCGCAGCGCGAGCCUGUCGUUCUUCAGUCCGAGCUGCGCGUGAGCUGCAAUAUGUUCAGAGCCGCCCUUCGACUCUCAGUCUCCGGUGCUCGGAGUUUAACAAGGUCACGGCCACAAUAUACAGCUUCAGUAGCUGCUCGUUCUUAUUCCCAUGGCAAACAGGAGACAGAUGAAGAGUUUGAUGCCCGCUGGGUCACUUACUUCAGUAAGCCAGACAUUGAUGCUUGGGAGCUGAGGAAAGGAAUGAACACUUUGAUCGGUUAUGACUUGGUACCUGAGCCAAAGAUCCUGGAGGCAGCCCUGAGAGCAUGUCGGAGGCUAAACGAUUUGGCCAGUGCCAUCCGCAUCCUUGAGGCAGUCAAGGACAAAGCUGGCCCACACAAAGAAAUCUACCCCUACGUUCUUCAAGAGCUGCGGCCUGCCCUCAAUGAGCUUGGUAUCCCUACACCUGAGGAGCUUGACAUUGACAAAGCAUAGAUGUCUGCGAUUGUGGUGAGUAUCA